CAAGAGUCAGGAAGAACAGGAAGGAGGAACCGAACCAACGAACCUAACCUAACCUAUGCAUGCUUUUAUUGUAUAUCGAAUCGACGACGGAGUGAGAGCAAUUGAUACCGUGACGUGACGUGGACACGUGCACAGUGCGUGUGGUGUGUGACUGUGAAUGAACGCCAGCAUCUCUCAAACUGGAGCAGGCAGGUCUUGUCAGUUGAGAUGGUGCCGGCCGUUGUUACUGUUGCUGUUUUCUUUUCUUUCCUUUUUUGUCUUUUGUCUUCUGUCUUCUGUCUUCUUCAGAUAUAUGCACUACCUACCUAUCUUCUUCACAUACCCAACAUUUAUCAUUUAUUUCUGUACGCUUGUUCUUUACUACUAUCAUCAUCUAUUGAUCUAUCUAUCUAUCUCUUAUCUCUAUCUCUAUCUCUGUCUCUGUCUCUGUCUCUGUCUCUUUACCUGUGUUUGUUUAUUUGUUUGUUUCCCCCGACUUCCAAAUCCCGUACCCCCAAUCCCAUUGUAUGCAUAGCUGUCUUAUAUGUCCCUGUCCCUGUCCCUGUCCCUGUCCCUAUACCUCGCUCGCUUUACACUUACACCCACCUACAUCACUUACACUACGCUACAUACCUGCCUCCCUAUCUGUUUCUACCACUCAUUGGUUCCAUUUCUCUACCAGCGACCUUUGCGGAUUCUAUUUACUGUAUAGCAUCAAGAAUUAACAUGACUCCCGUGAUUGUGGAUGUAGAUUAUUCUUAUCUACGAUUCAUCUGUCUCUCCCGAUGGAAAAUGGUUUUGUAAAUAGGGUGUUUAUCAUAUCAUUAUUAUUCAUGUCUGUCUUGGGGGUGCUUGGCUAUGUAUGUAGUAUGUAGGCAUGUAACGCUGUAUGCCAAUGCUGUGGUAGUAUCGUAUCGC